AUGGAAUGGGAAAGACCGACGACGGUGACGGAAGUCAGAAGCUUCUUUGGUUUAGCCGGAUACUAUAGGAGGUUUAUCGAAGGAUUUUUCCAGAUUGCAUUACCGAUGAUAAAAUUGACAAGGAAAGAAGUGCCAUUCGUGUGGACAUCAGAGUACGAAGAGAGUUUUCAGACUUUGAACCAGAGGUUAACUUCAGCACCUGUUUUAAUCUUACUAGAACCCCAUGAACCGUUUGAAGUAUAUUGUGAUGCUUCUUUGAAGGAUUUGGGUUGCGUGUUGAUGCAACACCGGAACGUGGUGGCUUACGCAUCGCGUCAGCUGAGACUGUGGUGCACGAAAUUGUGA